UUGAAGAGAGAUGAUGGGGGGCGCCUUUUCUCUUCUCUCUCUUCCCUUUCGCCAGUGGCUGGCCUGCCACGAUCGAUGGCGGGUGACGAGUGGACCGAACGUGAAUCGAUGGCUCCGAUGGCUCAGACGGCCGAGUCACGGUCGUGGUCAGGAAUGGAGGUGGGUUGGUUGCCAAUGCUUCUGUUUUGGCCGAAAAGUAAGAUUUGAAUUUGAUGCAGUGUUUGUGGUGUUAGGGCUUCUGGGGCCAUAUCUUCACCACCAUGGAUGGGUUUAUUAUCGUUUUUCAUCUGCUCCCUUGAUAUCAAGUCGGGUCGGAAUCGUUUGUUGAUAGCGACUUGCAGGCCCGAGAAUCCACGCGUAGAUGUUUUGAUGACAGCAGAAUGCUGACCUGGGCCUCACCGACCAACUUGAUAAU